GCUUUGGCUUUCUUCUCUCCAAGUUGUCAAAGUUGAUUUUGUCGUCCAGUCAUUUUGUAAAAGGAAAACAGUUUUCUGCAAAGUUAAUCGUGAAAUAUCGUGCAAAAUGUCGUCUGCAGUUGAGCCAGCUCGCGAAAAAGCAUUACAAGAUUACCGCAAGAAGUUGCUGGAACACAAGGAAGUGGAAUCUCGCCUAAAAGAGCUGAGAGAAUCUUUGAAGGAACUUACUAAGCAAUUUGAUAAAUCGGAGAACGACUUGAAGGCGUUGCAAAGCGUCGGACAGAUCGUGGGAGAAGUGCUGAAGCAACUUACGGAAGACAAGUUUAUAGUAAAGGCCACAAAUGGGCCUCGGUAUGUGGUGGGUUGCCGCAGGCAACUGGACAAGACCAAACUCAAGUCAGGCACUCGGGUAGCGCUGGACAUGACAACGUUGACUAUUAUGAGAUAUUUGCCGCGGGAAGUUGAUCCCUUGGUGUAUAACAUGUCUCACGAAGAUCCAGGAGAGGUGACUUAUUCGGCCAUUGGUGGCUUAUCCGAGCAAAUCCGUGAGCUUCGUGAGGUUAUUGAAUUGCCACUGCUCAACCCGGAGCUGUUUCUACGUGUUGGAAUUACUCCACCAAAAGGGUGCCUUCUGUACGGACCCCCUGGCACCGGUAAGACAUUGCUUGCCCGUGCGGUAGCUUCCCAGUUGGAUGCUAACUUUUUAAAAGUGGUAUCAUCUGCCAUUGUUGACAAAUACAUCGGAGAAUCGGCCCGAUUGAUCCGAGAAAUGUUCAACUAUGCCAGGGAUCAUCAACCCUGCAUCAUCUUUAUGGAUGAAAUCGAUGCCAUCGGAGGACGUCGAUUCUCGGAGGGCACUUCGGCGGAUCGCGAAAUUCAGCGUACCUUGAUGGAACUGUUGAACCAGAUGGAUGGAUUCGAUUCAUUGGGACAAGUAAAAAUGAUAAUGGCUACUAACCGACCGGAUACGCUGGAUCCGGCUCUGCUGCGUCCCGGUCGUUUGGAUAGGAAGAUUGAAAUUCCUCUCCCUAAUGAACAAGCAAGACUGGAAAUUUUGAAAAUCCACGCCGGACCGAUAGCCAAGCACGGUGACAUCGAUUACGAAGCAGUCGUCAAGCUGUCCGACAAUUUCAACGGCGCUGAUUUACGCAACGUGUGCACCGAGGCCGGACUGUUUGCUAUCCGUGCGGAGCGGGAGUACGUUAUUCAGGAGGACUUCAUGAAGGCCGUUCGGAAGGUCGCCGACAACAAAAGACUGGAAAGCAAGCUCGACUACAAGCCGGUAUAAAAAAUACAGCGGGUGUUCACAUUCGCACAUUGCGCAAGUAUAUUCAAUUUUUUUCCGUUUACUUCGUAUAUAUUAACCAUGUGUAACAAAUA